AUGCGGAGCAACACAUCGUUCUUCAGUUCAACGAAGCCGCCCAUAUUUUCCCCUUGUAGGGAGAUUGGGGGCCCUGGAAAUCGAACGACGCAAAAGGCUAACCGGAAGAUGCGACGAUUCACACACAGCCAGUCGAAGCUAUGCUUGUUCCUACGACGUUGGCGGAGAUCUUCCGGCCAGACCGAUCAAUUUGUCAUUCGUAGGCGAUCUGUUCCAGAAGCAAUUAUUCGAUCAGAAGACGCAGAGCGGAAUACCAAAUGCUGUGGAUCACAUUACAUCUUCCUCUAG